UAAUCACGUGAGUUCACUGAUAUUCUUUUUCUAAUUUGAGAAGAGGAAAUCAGCGUUCAGAUCAUUUUCACUAUCGAGUUUGUCGCAUAACCAAAAGAGAAAAAGGACGAAAGUUGAUGACCGUUUCAAGAAACAUCACUCCAGAAUGAGAUGUGUGCCGUUCCUGUUUCUAAUAUCUGCUCUUUCUGUGAGCUGGUCCCGACCACAUGACUCUACAAUCUCUCAUGAGAUGGUCAACUCCAUAAACAAAGCAAAUACUACGUGGAGAGCUGGGCACAAUUUCAACAAUGUAGACUACAGCUAUUUGAAGAGACUGUGUGGAACCAUGCUGAAGGGACCCAAACUCCCAGUCAUGGUUCAAUAUGCUGAAGACAUCAGGCUUCCCCCAAAUUUUGAUGCCAGAGAACAGUGGCCUUACUGCCCCACUCUAAAAGAGAUCAGAGACCAAGGCUCAUGUGGCUCCUGCUGGGCUUUUGGGGCAGCUGAAGCAAUCUCUGACAGAAUCUGCAUCCAUAGCAUUGGCAAACUGACCACUGAGAUAUCUGCUCAAGACCUGCUGACCUGUUGCGACAGCUGUGGGAUGGGUUGUAAUGGUGGAUACCCUUCUGCUGCAUGGGACUUCUGGACAAAUGAGGGUCUGGUGUCUGGAGGACUCUACAACUCUCAUAUAGGUUGUCGUCCUUAUUCCAUUGAGCCUUGUGAGCACCAUGUGAAUGGCACCCGACCCCCUUGCACAGGGGAGGGUGGGGAAACUCCAAGCUGUGAUAAAAAGUGUGAACCUGGCUACAGUCUCCCUUACAACCAAGACAAGCACUUUGGAAAACAAUCGUAUAGUGUUCCCUCUGAUGAGAAGCAGAUUAUGACAGAACUCUUCAAAUAUGGCCCAGUAGAGGGAGCUUUCACUGUAUAUGAAGACUUUCUCCUGUACAAGUCUGGAGUAUAUCAACAUGUCCGUGGGUCUGCCGUUGGAGGCCAUGCCAUCAAGAUCUUGGGUUGGGGAGAAGAAAACAACACCCCCUACUGGCUGGCAGCAAACUCCUGGAAUACUGACUGGGGUGAAAAUGGUUUUUUCAAGAUCCUGAGAGGCGUGGACCACUGCGGCAUUGAAUCUGAGAUUGUUGCUGGAAUCCCUAAAUAGGUCAUACUGAAGACAGACAAGGGAUAAAAAAAUAUGAAACACAAUCCAGGUUUUAUAAGCAAAGGGAAAAAUAUUCUAAUUUCUCUUUCUGUUUGCGAAGUAAUUUGUCAUUUGAAGUCAUGCUUUUUCUGAUUGUGGACAUCCAAACCUGAUAGGACUCCAAUCAGCCAUCCAAUUUCUUUUUUUAAUGACCACCAAUAGAUCUUUUCAAUACUACUAAAUGAGAUUUACUUUUUAAAAGUUUUUAUUGUUCAACUAUUGUCUCAUUUGUCAAGUUUAUUAUACGGUUUUAAGGAUUUUCUUGUUUGGUUUAAUUAAUAGCCUUUUUUUUUUACCACCUAUAGUUGAUUAGAUAAAACAAUGUAAUAAGUGAUUGUGUAGAGACUUGAAAUAAAAUUUACCAAAAUAUUAUG